UAUUUCUCCUGGACUCUAAGAGUACACUGAUACAAACAGGACAGUGUAUAUAGCACAACUCACUCAGCCAGGACCCACUCUAUGAAGUCAGAGGAACACAUGGUACAGUGGGUGGGGCGCUGCAGUGGGGCAAAGAAAGAUGUGCUACUAUCAUUACAUGAAGGGACCUGCGAUAGUCUCCGUACGACACGGGUAGAUGAACACAUAUACAACGACAAUGGGUAGGGAUGGAGGGAGACUCACGGGGGAAGUAGAGUUCAUGGGGAGACUGAACUUCUGCUUGCACGAGUGGCAAUAGAACCUCGGCAGGAACGGGUCCUUGGCUCUGAGGAUGAGCUUCAGGAGGUCCACACCAAGUAGGUGGUUCGGGACAGUCAUUUCUCCACCGCUAGGUCGCCAAACUUGGAUCAAAACGCCAGGUCUCAAGUCGCCUUAGCUCAUCGGGAAUUCCCCGUGCAGUACUGUUAGUAGGCGUGACAUUUCGCCCCAUACUGCGCAUGCGCAGUCAGGGCAACCAGCAGCUAGCUUUGAUGGAACUGGAAGAAGUCACGGUGACUCUGCUGUUUUUUGCCAAGAGUCGUGAGCUGAUAGGAGAGAGCCAGACAUCAGUCAGUGUUCCCAGUGGCCCAGUGUCUGGAGCCAGGCUCUGGGGACACAUACUCUCCCUCUACCCCAGUGGGGGGAUGGCUAGGGAGGGGGAUGAUCUGGUGGUGAUUAGUCCUGGGCCCAUCUCUCAGCAAAACAUUGUGGAAUUUGUCACAAAUCCUUCAGCUGGAGGCAUAGCAGUCUUCAUAGGUACAACAAGGGACAAUUUUAAAGGUAAGAAGGUUGUGAGACUGGAGUAUGAGGCCUACACCUCCAUGGCCAUGAAGCAGCUACAGGAGCUCUGCUCCGACGUCAGGAGUAAGUGGCCUGUCUGCAAGAUGGCCAUAGUUCACAGGACAGGAGUGGUUCCAGUAUGUGAGGCCAGUGUGAUGAUUGCAGUGUCGACAGAGCACAGGAAGGAGGCUCUAGAAGCAGUCUCAUACGCCAUAGACCAAGUAAAAAGCACUGCUACAAUAUGGAAGAAGGAAGUGUAUGAAGAUGAAGCUGAACAGUGGAAAGAGAAUAAAGAAUGUCUAUGGCUGCAAGAAAAUGUGUCUUGA